UCCCCCGGGUCUAAAAAUAUCCAGAGCCUUCCCCCAUCCCACCCACCAUCCCAAUCCGACCAAACCCUAGGAAAUCUGCCGGCCAUGGCGAUGUCGGAUCUCGCGGCCGCGGUGAUCUCCAAGGCCAACGGCGGCGUGGACGGCGAGGAGCCGGUGGAGAUCCGGGAGGUGUGGGCGGACAACCUGGAGGCGGAGUUCGCGCUGAUCCGCGACGUCGUCGACGAGUUCCCCUUCGUCGCCAUGGACACCGAAUUCCCGGGCAUCGUCUGCCGCCCCGUCGGCGCCUUCCGCUCCCCGGCCGACUACAACUACGCCACCCUCAAGGCCAACGUCGACAUGCUGCACCUCAUCCAGCUGGGGCUCACCUUCUCGGGCCCCACGGGCGAGCUCCCUGCCCUCGGCGCCGGACGCCGCCGAUGCGUCUGGCAGUUCAACUUCCGGGAGUUCGACGACGAGCGCGACAUCUUCGCCACCGACUCCAUCGAGCUGCUCCGCCACAGCGGCAUCGACUUCCGCCGCAACGCCGAGCGAGGCGUCGACGCCCGCCGAUUUGCGGAGCUGCUCAUGUCCUCGGGCGUUGUGCUCAAUGACGCCGUCUACUGGGUGACCUUCCACGCGGGAUACGACUUCGGCUACCUGCUCAAAAUCCUCACCUGUAACAGCCUCCCAGACACACAGGCUGGGUUCUUCAAGCUGAUGAAGAUAUAUUUCCCCACCGUCUAUGACAUCAAGCAUCUCAUGAAGUUCUGCAACAGCCUGCACGGCGGGCUGAACAAGCUCGCCGAGUUGCUCGAUGUGGAGCGUGUUGGAGAGUCACAUCAGGCCGGGUCCGAUAGCCUGGUCACGUCUUGUGCGUUCUGGAAACUCAAGGAUUCCUUCUUUGCUGGAUCAACCGAGAAAUAUGCAGGCGUGCUGUAUGGGCUCAACGCAGAGAAUGGUGUCAGUGCACAUUGAUGGAUGAUGCUCCCUUCGAAUAGCUCUGUGAAUGGGUUGAUUUAGGACAGAAAGAGGUGGCGAGUGAGCUAGCAGGCAAAAUGAUGCCAACUUUGUAGGUUGAGCUUGUCUCACUCAAUUAGUCAAUUCCAUUUUGUUGGAUGUAAUUUGAACGUAGUGUUUUUCAGUUGUUUCCAUUGAACUAGUGUUUUCUGCUUAUGCUGUUAGCUUUCUCUUGCAUAUUACUUAAAUAGAAAAGUAUCACCUCUAUAUCUCCUGUUUGACCAAUAA